GUGUCAAUUUUCAUUUCCUGGGAACAAAAAGUAAAUACAAAGACAAUAAAAUUUCCCCGAGAGAAAAUGCAGAGGUUGAAGCAGCAGCAGCAACAACAACAAGUUAUGAUGCAGCAAGCUCUUAUGCAGCAACAGUCUCUCUACCAUCCUGGUCUCCUUGCCCCGCCACAGAUAGAACCAAUCCCAAGUGGAAAUCUCCCCCCUGGUUUUGAUCCAAGUACUUGCCGCAGUGUGUACGUUGGAAACAUCCAUAUUCAGGUGACGGAACCUCUUCUUCAAGAGGUUUUUGCUAGCACUGGUCCUGUAGAAAGCUGUAAACUAAUUAGGAAAGAAAAGUCUUCUUAUGGGUUUGUCCACUACUUUGAUCGAAGAUCGGCUGGUCUUGCAAUCCUUUCUCUCAAUGGAAGGCAUUUGUUUGGGCAACCUAUCAAGGUUAACUGGGCUUAUGCGAGUGGCCAGAGGGAGGAUACAUCAAGCCACUUCAAUAUAUUUGUUGGGGAUUUGAGUCCAGAGGUUACUGAUGCAAUGCUGUUUAAUUGCUUCUCUGUCUACCCGAGUUGCUCGGAUGCAAGAGUUAUGUGGGAUCAGAAAACUGGGCGUUCAAGAGGAUUUGGAUUUGUUUCGUUCCGUAAUCAGCAGGAUGCCCAGACUGCAAUAGAUGAAAUAACUGGGAAAUGGCUUGGUUCCAGGCAGAUACGCUGCAACUGGGCGACAAAAGGAGCCACUUCUGGUGAGGACAAACAGAGCUCUGAUUCCAAAAGUGUCGUGGAACUUACCAGUGGUGUCUCGGAGGAUGGUAAAGAUACUACUAAUGGUGAAGCUCCUGAGAACAAUGCUCAGUACACGACUGUUUACGUCGGUAAUCUUGCUCCAGAGGUGUCCCAGGUUGAUCUUCACCGCCACUUUCAUUCCCUCGGUGCUGGGGUCAUAGAGGAAGUCCGUGUUCAAAGAGACAAAGGUUUCGGAUUUGUGAGAUACUCUACUCAUGUAGAGGCAGCCCUCGCUAUUCAGAUGGGAAAUACGCAUUCCUACCUCAGUGGCAGGCAAAUGAAGUGUUCUUGGGGAAGCAAGCCUACUCCACCAGGAACAGCUUCAAACCCGCUUCCUCCACCAGCUCCUGCACCAAUCCCGGGAUUCUCAGCCAGCGAUCUCUUGGCUUACGAGAGGCAACUAGCGAUGAGCAAGAUGGCAGGAAUGAAUCCGCUGAUGCAUCACCCGCAGGGACAACAUGCUCUUAAACAAGCUGCAAUGGGAGCCACUGGCUCAAACCAGGCAAUAUAUGACGGUGGUUUCCAGAACGCGCAGCAGCUCAUGUACUACCAGUGAGAUCUUCCUUGGAGCCGUAUUUGAGAGAAGAGUUCUUUCUUCUUUUUUGUUGUUAUGUAACGUCUUUAUUGUAUCUUUUGCUUUUCUUUUAACUGAUGUUCUUGUUAUAAUAUUAUCAUGUAGCUGUGGGUUUGUGAUUUGUGUUCCACGUUUUUUCUUUUGUU